UUUUCUUUAUGUUUCUUUAUGCCUAGACACCAGCAUUUCUGGGAAAUCACGAAAGUAUUACGUCAAGCCUGGGCAAGUCUCCAUAAAGCACUUGCAAUUUCACUAGAAUCAGAGUGUUUCACUUUGAUAUCUUCCAGUCAGUAGGCUAAAUCUUCGUCAGCGUGUAGCAUGCAAAUAGGCCACUAAAUUGAGUCAAUAGCUUUAUUCACUCGGUCUAUUUGACUGUAGAUUAUAGGAGGAGCAAUGUGAAAUAUAAUAUAACAUUAAUAUAGAUAUUCCAAUUCAUACCGAGAACGAAAUUGAUAUUCUAAAGUGAAAAGGGAAGUAGCCUAGAACAGAAAGCGUGACUUGAGUUUCUGUUAAUGGUCUGCGAAAAUACACAGUACUCGGAAUCUUGGAAUUUACCUCCACACUCACAGCUGAAAGAUGGUGAAGAUGAACCCACUGUUUAUGAUCCUCCUCCUCUCCACAUCCUUAGAGCUGGUCAGUGGAGGCUGUUCGUCAUGUGACGCUCCUCCAUCUCCAUGUAAGUUGUGUGUCCAACGUCCUGUUUAUGUCCGGGAGGGAGAAAUGGCAGUGCUGCAGUGCCCGCUGCGGACCACCAGGGCAGGGCACAGGGAGGGGAACCUGACCCUGGCAUGGCGCAACCACUCUGGGCCUGGGGAGCUGCAGGAGCCUGUGGUGUGGAGGUCUGAAGAUACUCUCAUCAUCUUGAGGGUCUCCCCCAACGAACAGGGGUCCUACUCCUGCUCACUGCUCAAUGCCAGUGGCCAGCCCCUGAGGACAGCGUGGUUUAACAUCACAGUGUUCUCUGGCCAGUGCUACACAGACAUGGAUGUGUAUCCAUCAACUUGCUAUCUGGGAGAGUCCUGCGGAAAGUAUACAUGCACGUCGGACCACAGCAUCCCACAAAACUUCACCAAACUGAAAUAUACGUGGUACAAGAACUGUGACACAGAGUUACGCUCUGACUUUGGCGAUGGAUACCUGGAAAGUGCUACUGAGAGUGACAGUGGUUACUAUACCUGCACUUCAUACUAUACAUACAACUCAAACCUCCAUGAUGGACAGGUGUUUACCUUGUCCAAAACCAUGGAGCGGACAAUUAAACAAGGAAGUUCCCAUUUAAAGCCAAAGAUCAUUAGCCCUCAGGAUGGGGAGUUUAUUGAAGUACAUAUGGGAUCCACUGUGGUGGUGGUCUGCAGGGCUGUCCUGUCCUCUGAAUUUGACUCCUUCCACUGGAUGGAAAACAUAUCUUUUGUGGAGGAGAACAUGGAGGCCCUACCAGUGUUUUACAAUACUUCACAAGAGAAUGGCCAUCACCUGGUAUCGCUGGUGAUCAGGCAGGUGUCCGAGGAGCAGCUGAGGAACAGAUACACCUGUAAAUUGGAGACUCCAUCUGGGACCUCCAACGUCUCUAUCACCUUCAAACAGAGGAGUCCACCCCAGUUUCACUUCCUGGUGCUGGGUAUAGUAGGGGUCUUUGCCGUGACGGUGGUGGUGGUGACUGUUGUCUAUGUCAAGCUGAAGGUGGACAUCAUUCUGUUUCUCAGAGAUGAUCUGGGUUGGCAUCAUCACAACACCACUGGUGAGAAUAAUGCCUUGCACCAUACAUGCCAAUGUCACAUUGAAACAGUCUUGUUGUAGAUCGUGUUUCACCACAUGAUUUGGAUUAAUUGUGUUAUUUCAGAUGGGAUGUGUUAUGACGCCUAUGUGCUGUGCUAUAAUGUCUAUGUCCUGUGUUAUAAUGCCUAUGUCCUGUG